AUGCGAUCUUCAAACUCUCCUUUCCUAUAUUCCCUUACCAUUCUGGCGGUUUUCGCAUUCUCAGCAACUGCAAAAAGCACGCCGCCUACGAGACCACAGUCCCAAAUCUACUCCUUCGCACUGGAAGAACGUCAACCUUGUCCGGACAACAGCACCACGAGCACGUGCCCGACCCAGACAGAUAUAACUCCAUGCGGAGACGGGACGUGGUGCUAUCUCAACUACCAAUGCGGCACCUUCCUCGGCCGGAAAGGCUGCUGCCAGGACAUCUUCUCGGGCGAUAAGAAGAUCGCGCCCAACAAGUCGUGCACCGCGAAACUGGAUGUCCUCGGCAACAUGACGUGGUCUCCGGUAACCGGGAACGUCUCGACCAUAUACCCCGCCUUCUCAUUCUGCACGUCAACGACGCUGCCUGCCUACCAGCUCAUGGGGUCCUUCUCCAGCUCGAACGAGACGCUUGCAAAGGGCCCCAAGGGGGAGGUCUGCUGUCCGAACGUUUUAGAUUCGGUCGAGUACUACUGUUGCGAUAGUUGGAAUACGGAGUCGUGUGGCACUUCCAGCCACACGCCCGCCAGGCUGAGAGGCCCAAGCCUCCCAGACCCACGUGACAGGCCAAGGGGGAAUAUCCCCACCUUCUAG